AUGCAGACCUCAAACGCAUUUGCCCUCCUCAUAGGGAUUGAUAGAUAUAGAUCGCCCGGAAUCAAGGAUCUCAGCGGUUGUGUCUCCGAUGCGAAUUCCUACAGGAACCACUUGAUAACAUCGCUGCAUGUCCCCGAAGAGAACAUCCUCUGCCUCACGAAUGAAGCAGCAACGCGUGACGGCAUCCUCAAUGCAUUAAGAUCCCAAUUCCUUCAAAACGACAAAAUAGGCCCGGAAGAUGCGAUGAUUUUCGGGUUUGCGGGCCAUGGCGCGCAAGUGGAAGCACCAGAUGGCUGGGUUACGGACGAUAUGAUGUCGGAAACGAUAUGCCCGCAUGAUGAAUCCUCCGAAGACGACGACGUACCCCACGUUUACGGUAUCCCUGAUCGUACGUUAUGGGGUAUCUUCCAUCAAAUCGCGCAAGCGAAGGAUAACAACAAUAUCACUGUUAUCCUUGAUUGCUGUAACUCGGGCAGUGGCACUCGCAGCUCCGAUGACGAAGAAUAUCCUUUCAACGUCCGAAGUCACGACAAGGCCUUGACGCCGCCUGCAGAUAUCGACAAAGACUUGUGGAAUGUAAACACGUCUCGUGGGGUUCAAUUCAAGCCCAAAUCAGGGUUUCGCAACAUGGCGUCCCAUGUGUUGCUGGCCGCCUGUCGUCAAGAUGAGAGAGCUCGCGAAACGUUGAAUCCGGACACAAAGCAGAUGUCUGGUGCUUUCACAAAUGCAUUACUUCGGACGCUCUCCCAGAUCUCCGCCAAAAAGAUCACAUACCAAUCAUUGAUGGAGUUGCUUCCUCGGCUCAAAGGGCAACACCCCCAAUGCGAGGGCGACAACAAGCAUUGCUUUCUCUUCACCGCCGACGCCAACGAAGAGGAGAAACGCUUCUUCCCCGUCAAACAGUUAAAGAGUGGCAAGCUGCAGGUCGAAGCGGGGUCCUUGCAAGGUGUCGUUCGUGGAACGGAGUUCCAGAUUUUCAGCGAGAGAAAUAGUGCAUCUACGCCUCUGGCGGUGGGACAUGCUACCACAGUUCGGUCCAUGAAUUCCGUUUUGGCAUCCCAUACUGACAGUUCCGUUACAUCGCUUCCAUCUCCGUUGUAUGGCCUGGUCACACGAUGGGAGAAUCCUGGGGCCACCCUCUUGGUAUACUUCGACAACCAAACCGUCACUCCAGAGCAAUACAGCAAGCUCGAGCAGCUGUUCGUCAACCCCAAAACGAGCAGAGCAGAGUACGCAAGAGCUACUUCCACGUUAGAUGCGGACGUCGUCUUGCACAGUUUCAGCGGUGAAAUGCUACAGAUUGAGAGAGUCGAUCCUUGGAUAGGCCGUCAUGCGGCCCGUAUGCUCAAACCCAUUCCCUCCGAUCCGACGACUGUCUCCGAAGUCCUCGUGGCUGCCGCUCACUUCAAGUUCCAUCUCAACCGAAUGAACCCAGAGGAACCCUUGAAAGAGCUCGUCAAACUAGAACUGCACCGGCUGAAGGAAGUCGAGGGUGAUGCAUACGCACCCUACGUAGAGGACAGCCCAGAUCUACUUGAAUCAGGACAGGCUGUGUUACCGAAUAGCAGCGCCGCUUAUGGGAUGACGCUGCGCAACCUCUCCGAGUUCGACUUCUUCCCCUGCCUUUUCUACUUCGAUCCUUCCGAUUACUCGAUCUCGCCCUGGUAUCUUCCACCUUCGAAUAGCAUGGCCGCGCCGUGGCGUAGUAAGCAGGAAAUUUCGCUCGGAUAUGAAAACUGCGACGCGGAACCUAUGACCUUCACUUUGGAAGACGGGGAAAAAUCCGACACCGGAUUCCUCAAGCUAUUCUUCUCCCAGCAAUACGCAGAAAUGGCGCAUGUUGAACAGAAUGGGGUUUUUGAUUCUGACGAGAAACCGAGUUUGAAAAUGGGAAGCUCGUCGAGAGGCGAACAUGUUUGGGACACGCUGACACUGACACUGACUGUCACCAGCGCUACUGUCGUUUGA